UAAAAUACAAAGCACAAACAAAAGCAUGUUUGCUGCAUUGCAACGACCAUGAGGAACACCAACAACCAUAGCAGCGAAGAGGAUCAGCGGAAGAAAGAGAGCACUAUCGCAAGCCUAGAUUCCAGGUUCAACCAGACCCUCAGAAAUGUUCAAGGGUUGCUCAAAGGCCGCAGUAUUCCUGGUAAGAUAUUGCUGACUAGAAGAUUAGAUCCACCAGAUGAACCAAGUUCACAAGAACGGUCUCCCGAAUAUAUAAGGAGCUUCUCAGAAAAUGAUGCUGGCUCUAGUGAUCGCAUGGCCAAGGAAGUAGAGGAAGAAGUGCAGAGCACAGGCAAGUCAAACAAUAACACAAAUGUCAAUAAGUUAAAAACAUCAAACUUGGAUGUUGAAAAUAUAUCCAAAGAAGUACAGAAGUCCACCAUGGGCGCUAGAGCUACAGAUUCUGCAAGAGUUAUGAAGUUCACGAAGGUUCUUUCAGGGACAACAAUCAUAUUAGAGAAGUUACGUGAGUUAGCUUGGAGUGGAAUACCAGAUUAUAUGCGCCCUGGUGCGUGGCGGCUUCUCUUGGGAUAUGCACCGCCUAAUUCAGAUAGAAGGGAGGGAGUUCUAAGAAGAAAGCGCCUGGAGUAUCUUGACUGUGUUUCUCAAUAUUAUGACAUUCCAGAUACUGAAAGAUCAGAUGAUGAGAUCAACAUGCUUCGCCAGAUUGCUGUUGAUUGCCCACGGACUGUACCUGAUGUCUCUUUCUUCCAGCAACUGCAAGUUCAGAAAUCCUUGGAGCGCAUCCUUUAUACGUGGGCCAUUCGGCAUCCUGCAAGUGGAUAUGUUCAGGGAAUAAAUGAUCUAGUUACACCCUUUCUAGUUGUUUUCUUGUCUGAACACUUAGAAGGGGGUGUGGAUAACUGGUCAAUCUCUGAUUUAUCUCCAGAAAAGAUCUCUAACAUGGAGGCUGAUUGCUAUUGGUGUCUAUCAAAGCUGCUUGAUGGUAUGCAAGACCAUUACACAUUUGCUCAACCAGGAAUUCAGAGGCUUGUGUUUAAAUUGAAGGAAUUGGUUAGGCGGAUUGAUGAACCUGUUUCAAGACACAUGGAGGAGCAAGGGCUGGAAUUUCUGCAAUUUGCUUUCCGCUGGUUCAACUGUCUUCUAAUACGCGAGAUACCUUUCCAUCUCGUUAGUCGCCUGUGGGACACAUAUCUUGCGGAAGGAGAUGCAUUGCCAGAUUUCCUUGUAUACAUAUUUGCCAGUUUUCUUUUGACGUGGACAGAUAAGAUUCAGAAGCUUGAUUUCCAAGAAUUGGUGAUGUUCCUUCAACACCUCCCAACACAAAACUGGACUCACCAAGAGCUGGAGAUGGUGCUUUCUAGAGCAUUUAUGUGGCACAGUAUGUUCAACAACUCCCCCAGCCACUUAGCUAGCUAAAGAGAAAAUUGUAAUAUUCAUUAUUUUUUCUCAGUUUGGAAUCUGUUUUUUCUAUCUUGAAUAUCUUUUUCAUUUUUUGCUGCCGUUUAGUCUCUAUAAAUGUUUGUUUUUUCUCUUCUUCCAGUGGAGGAAACCAGCCCAUGUUCUCAUACGAAUUAUGGCUUGUAAUAUCUGUAUUAUUAGGCGUUUCUUUGUAGAUGUACUUUGACCAGAGAACAUGGAAAAAAGAAAAAAUUAAUAAAAAUAAUUACUUUCUUGCA